AUGAAAGACAUUCCUACUUCUGAAGGUGAAAUUGAUUUUGAAGUCAAUGGUGUUGAAGGCCCGUGUAAGACUUGGUACAAAGUGUUCGGUACCCUUAAGUCACACAACAAGCCUCUUAUUUGCCUCCAUGGUGGUCCUGGAGUUCCACACAACUACCUUCUCCCACUCUCCGCCAUAGCUGGCAAUACCUCCACGCCCGUCAUUGUCUACGACCAACUCGGUUGCGGCAAAUCUACUCACCUACCGUCUCAACCUGAUGCAAAGAGCUUUUGGACUCCGACUCUAUUUCUUGAUGAAUUGGAGAAUUUGGUUAAGAAAUUGGGUGUGGACACGUACGAUGUGCUUGGACAGAGUUGGGGUGGGAUGUUGGGUGCUAUGCAUGCUAUUAGGAGGCCGAAGGGGUUGAGGAAGUUAAUUGUUGCGGAUAGUCCAGCGAGUAUGGAACUCUGGGUUAAGGCGGCUGAGAAGCUGAAGAGGGGAAUGCCGGAAGACGUCCAAGAGGUUUUGGAGAGAUGUGAGAGGGAGGGGAAGACGGACACCGAAGAAUAUGAAGCUGCGGUCAUGGUAUUCUAUCAGAAGCAUCUCUGUAGAGUUCCGUUCCCUCAGGAUUUGCUGGACAGUUUUGAGGAGCUGAAGAAGGAUAAUACGGUCUAUGGGACUAUGAAUGGCCCCUCUGAAUUCUUCGUCAGUGGAACGUUGAAGACUUGGACGAUUGUCGAUGAGGUUUACAAGAUCGAAGUCCCAACUCUUCUUAUCAACGGACGCUAUGAUGAGGCGCAGGAUGAGGUCGUUGAACCGUUUUUCAAGAAUAUCAAGAAGGUGAAAUGGGUGCGGUUCGCCCAGUCAAGUCAUAUGCCUCACAUGGAGGAACCAGAGGAGUUCAUGGAAGUUGUGCAGAAGUUCAUUGCGGAAUAG